AUGUCCGUGCUGACCACCCCUCUGGCACACAGCGUGAACUGCCAGAUAUGGCACGCGCCCAACACCAGGCCCACACCCGCGGCACUGGCGGCAUUUUGCGAGAAGUACGGCCAGUGCCCUCGCCAGGCGUACGCGCACGCGGCGAAUCCGGUUUUUUACGCCGUGCGGGUUGAGAACAGCGUAUCGCGUAUGAAGUUUGACGAGUUGGAUGCGUUGUUGAAGGCGUGCUACUCUGUGGACAUGAUAGACCCGAGGAUACGCGAGUUGGUUGUGGCCACCCCUUCUCCGCGGCGUCGAUGGACGUUUGAUUUGGAUGUUGCCACGCAAUACCUGUGGGACCGCCUGGACGACACGUUCGAUCGCUAUCUGGAUCGUGGACCGUCGUCGCUAUACAUUUUAUUUCACGAGGAACCCCGCACGAGAGCCGCUGCUGAACGCCGAUUGAAGAAGUUGCCCGACAGGCUGUCCGCAGGCGGAGGGUGGACUGUGUAUCCCAUGAAAUGCCUGGAGUUCAAGGAGAAGAGUAUGCGCUGGAGCUCGCAAAUCUCGGAUGAUAUGGAUGUCGACGAUGACAAGUACAUCUGCCUAGGGUACAAGGGCAGCGCCGUGGGCAUAGAGAACAGGUGGUACCCAGAGCAAGAGUUCGAGCGGAUGGACACACACAUAGUCUCAUGCGGGGACGCACCGCCACAGAAGCUGAAGGAUGGAUUGUACACCCCGCACCCUGGAUCCACAGCCCCUUUUGAUACGUUCGCGUACGAUGGCAGCACUGGGCGCGCGACAGUAUUUGUGGUUGCUACCGUCGCGGAAUGCAAGAUGGUUUCGGUGAGCCUCGAAUGGCUGCGGAGGUGCGACAACCUGAGGUCUGUGGAUCUCGUGGUCGCGACUGUGCCAGUGCCUCUGGAGGACCAUGAGAUGCAGGUAGAGAUCGCAAAUGAGAGCGGUGAUAUUCUGCGCAAUGCGAGUGGUGUCCCUUCUGAUGUAUCCGGCGAGCGGGCGUGGCUGAGUCAAAAGGAUGUGGCAGGGGGGAACACGGGCAUUGGGAAAGAGACUGUCAAGGCGCUCCUCGAACGUAAUGCGACGGUGUAUGUUGCCUGCCGAAAUCGGGCAAAGGCCAAGGAUACAAUCGCGGAGUUGAGAGAGAAAACAGGGCGGGAGGCGAUCUUCCUUGAACUCGAUUUGGGUAGCUUGGCCUCUGUCCGCAGAGCCGCUGAAGAAUUUAUGAGCAUAGAGAAAGAGUUACAUAUCCUGUUUAAUAACGCAGGCGUGAUGCGCCCUCCACGGGAGAUGCUUACUUCCGAAGGCUAUGACAUGCAAUUCGGGACGAAUGUGAUAGGGCAUUUCUUCUUCACGGAGCUUCUCAUGCCAGUUUUGCGAGCGGGAGCAGCCACAUCUCCAGAUGGACAUUCUCGCGUCAUUAUAACCUCCUCCGUCGCAGCGUAUCGGUACACGCUGAACUGGGAUUCAUUCAAAGCUGGGUCUGCGCGAAGGAAAAUGUCGCCCCGGAUCUUGUACAGUCAGAGCAAAUUUGCCAAUGUUGUAAUUGCCCGCGAAAUUGCGAAGCGAUAUAUCAACCAGGGCGUGGUGUCCAUGUCGUGCAACCCUGGCAAUAUCCGGACUAACCUGAGACGUUACACCCCUGCAAAGUUCCACAGGCUGAGGGAAUUCUUCUUGUAUCCAGCUUCUCAAGGUGCGCUUACACAGCUAUGGGCGGGAACAAUGCCGGAGACAUUGAAAUAUAAUGGAGAGUAUCUGGUACCGUGGACACGAGUGGGGAAGUGUAGAGAAGAGGCGUAUGACGAUGCGCUUGGUGAGAAGCUGUGGUCGUGGUUAGAAGAACAAAUGAAAGGACGGUAG